CCAUCGAGCCAGUUGGUGUUCGGACUCUCGUCGAUCGUAAUCCCGCGAGGAUUUCUGCCGAAUUUCGGCCCAAUUUGGCGGUGUGCGUGCAAACUUGGCCGGCCGAACCACGUUCAACGUUCGGCACGUUCGCGGACUGGGCGCCACUCGCGCGCCGACCAUUCAAGUCAAGGUGACUCGAUGUGAGUGAGCAAAAAUGGACGAGGGUGUGCGGAUUGUUUCGCUCCGCCGUAGUGAUUCUUUUGGAUUAGGAUUUUCCAUCCUCGGCGGUGCCGGCUCGGAACUGCCCCCGAUCAUCUACGACAUCAUUGAGGAUUCACCAGCGGCCGAAAGUGGACAGCUCGAGGCCGGUGACAUUAUACUAGAAGUAAAUAGAAGAGAUGUUCACACCUGUACAACUAAAGAAGUUCUGAGAUGUUUAAGACUGUCUGGUGAUGAAGUGACGUUAAAACUUAAGAGAGAUCCUCUUGUCAAGGCUGGUGUUUUAAAAUACUUAGAAUCUCCCGGUUGUAGUAUCGAUGACCUGCAGACCCUUCUAGAUAAAGAGCAAACUCACAAAGGCAAUAACAGUCGGGCAGGCGAGAAAAGACGGAGCUCAUCGCCACUCACCUCCAGCAACAACGGCAGCUAUGCAAAGUUAUACGAAGAUGAGGACGAAUUUAAGAAUAAGGACCACCGUCGGCAACAACAACACCAGCAGGAGAACAAGCCUCCCCAACCACGUUUUGAGGCCUUCAUGAUGACUGGCGACCUCAUCCUGAAUCUUUCAAGGCAACAGCAAACAGCUGGCUUCAUACCUCCUAAGCAAAAGGCUGUGGAUAGUCUAAGAUACCAUAGUUCUGUUCCAACAAGUCCAAACGAAAUGGAGCUCGGUGUGAAAACGACCAAGGAGAAACCGGAAGAGGUGGCGUGCGGGAACAGCAAAGGAAACAAUGCAAAUAUGGGAGGGUGUUACUCAAGCACAAGCGGGGGUUUUGUUCGGACAUCAAAAUCGGAAGACCACCUUCAACUGCAGAAGGACAGUCUGAGCGCUGUUGACAUCGACAUUGAUGAAGACACCACAUCUUCUCUAAACAAUCUCUUGGACACUCGGCAAGACGCUGAGAGCAGUUGCUCCUCUCUAGCCACCGUAGCUCAGGGCAAAGACAACGACCGCAUCGUUUGGACCUACAAUGCACCCUUGUCGGACUUGCAGCAGCAGCAACAACUGAUGCUUUUGCAACAGCAACAACAGCACCACCACCAGCAAAACUCUUCAGAGUCCAACUCAAUCUCACCCAACUCGCCAACGUCCGUUUCGUCUUCGGUCAUGUCAAGUGACAACAGCAGUUCAAAGAGAGUCAUGCUACUGAACUCAAUGGAUGGAGAGGUGAAUAUUGGAGGGGACUACUCAGAGGCCAUUUCCAGCCCCGAUUUUCAGGAGGAAGAUUCAAUGGACAUAUUGUGCGCCAAAGACUUGAUGAUGGAGUUGAGCGACCCGAGUGACAGUGACAGUACCAUUUUGGUCAGCGAACGGACAGCGCAGAAAAGAGCAAAAGUAUCUUUGCAGGCGGCAGCUACUGUGGCCCAGCAGAGGCGAGUCGAUCACAACAGAAUCAUGCUUCAGGUCAAGGGAUCUGACCGCCUCAAACCCGACUCUCCUCCGCCCAGUUCGGGUAAUGUAACGCCUGACCAUGUGGCCUAUCAGGAGCUGAGUGAGGAUGAGGCUCAUGAGGAUGAAGACAAAUUAGGCAGCACUGCAACCAAGUCUCUCUCGCCUCCUUCGUCCAUCACUGAGGAUGACAGCGACAUCGAAUCGCUACACAGCUUCCACUACAGUCCUAAGGCUGUUGACAUGCCUUCUGUCUUGCGGCUGGCAAAAAGGCUCUUCGAACUUCAAGGCUUCAAAAAGUCGGAUGUUUCGAGGCACCUCAGCAAAAACAACGAUUUCAGCAGAGCAGUAGCUGAGGAAUAUCUCAGGUUUUUCACCUUUGAGGGAGACACGCUGGACGCUGCUUUGCGGAAGUUCUUGAAGCAAUUUUGCUUGGCCGGUGAGACACAAGAAAGGGAACGUGUGCUUGUUCAUUUCUCCAAGCGCUUCCUUGACUGCAACCCUGGCGCCUUUCGUUCACAAGAUUCUGUUCAUACGCUUACAUGUGCCAUUAUGUUGCUGAACACGGACCUGCAUGCGCAGAAUUUGGGUCGGAAGAUGACGUGUCUUGAGUUUAUUGAUAAUUUGUCGGAACUAAACGACGGUGAUAACUUUCCUAGGGAUGUACUUAAGUUGCUCUACCAGGCCAUCAAAUCUAACCCUCUCGAAUGGGCUCUCGAUGAGGAGAUUGAUGAAAUUCAAGCAAUGCAAGCUCAAAACAAAAUGCAAGAGCCUUCUGGGAUAGGACACAACCCGUUCCUCGACAUUCCUGAUGUCAACACAGCAAUCGAAUACAAAAAAGGAUAUGUGAUGAGAAAAUGCUGUGUGGACCCCAACGGAAAGAAAACCCCUUUUGGGAAACGAAGCUGGAAAAUGUUUUACUGCACCUUGAGAGACAUGGUGUUGUAUUUGCACAAGGACGAGCAUGGCUUCCGCAAGAGCCAGAUGUACGACAACUUGCACAACGCAAUCAGGAUACAUCAUGCUCUUGCCACCAAAGCAGCAGACUACAACAAAAAGCAACACGUUUUCCGACUACAAACCGCCGACCAAGCUGAGUUCCUUUUCCAGACAAGCGAUUCUAAAGAACUUCAAUCUUGGAUUGACACUAUCAACUUUGUGGCUGCCAGUUUCUCGUCACAGCCUUUGGCAAGUGCUGUUGGAUCUCAACGAAAAUUCCAAAGGCCACUCUUGCCUUGUAGUCACUCCAAGCUCAAUUUGAGGGAGCAGUUGCGUGAUCACGAAGAGCGAGUGGCUCUCCUAGAAAAUGAGUUGGAUGAACACCGAAGACAUGUUCCUGAAAGAGGUGCCAAGUCGCUGAGCAUUCAGAACCAUAGAGAAAAGGACGCUUUUCUGCAAUACGAGUUGAAGAGAUACAAGACGUAUGCCUACUUGCUGCGCUCUAAAAUGGCGCAGUAUCCCGAACUGGAGCCUUCGUUGGUGGAGACUUCGAUAGGCGAGGUAGACGAGCGAGUAGACUGUGACAUGGGUGGCUCGAUCGUGCCUCCACCCAUCCCUGAGAGACCCGUGCCGCGAUCCAACCCGACAAAUAGGACUAACCAGGAGAAAGCAAAACAGAAACCUCUCUCGUCCCAAGUGUAGACCCCCUCUCAAGUGGACCCAAAGUGCUGCAACAUACACAGACAAUUCCUAAUUAUGCAUUUAUUACGGAUGCAAGUUAUGGUGAAGCCUGAAUUGAUUUGUGUACUUGGGAUUCAAGAUUUUAAAUUCCUUUCAAGCUGUCAAGACUAUUUUAUGUCUGACAGCAAAUUUUUGUUGAUGUUUUUAACUGGAUUUUUUUGUUUUGUUAACGAAAAAAAAUAUUAUGUACUUUAUUAACUGAAAUAUAAUUCUAGUCGGGGGUAAUGCAAUAACAAUAAUGUAUAAAAAUCAAUCAAUUAAUGUGUGGAAUUAAUAAUUUUUGAGGGAAGAAAUGCGAGCAGCUUGGUGUAUUUGCCCAAUUUUUUUUACUCUUGAGAAUAUCCAAUAAUUUUCUGAUGGUAUGCCAAAAUUCAACAUAAUUACAAAAGUAAUAAAAUUCCUAUGCCAUGAAUUUUCUAAUAAUUUUUGCAUUAAUCGGUAAUUUUUAGCCGUUGCAAGUGAGCUUGAUUGAGGGCUAAUAUCCAGAAAAAGUGUUCAGAAAUUGCUUUGGUCGUUUCAGUACGAUUGAGGGACGGAACGAUUUGAAUGGAAACAAUCUUUGUGUUGGUUUCCAACCUUUCUCAUAAAAUCAUAAUUCAUGCUAGAGAUGCAUUUAUAAACUUCAAAAUGAAAAAUGUACCAUCUGAACUCAUUCAGCGCUGUGUAAUAUUGUUCACCAUUAUUUGAUUUUUUUUAUCCUAAAAACAUUCAAACGGAUUGUUCCUCUCAAAAAUAGAAUUAAAUUUUUCUCUACAUACAUUCAAAAAUAUUUCUUGAUUUUAAUAUUUAUCUCUACUUUUUUAAUCUCCUUUGAGUGAGCAUAUACUUUAAAGACUUCAUAUUAUGUAAAGCGUGACCUCGCCCCUCUCUUUCUUAAAAGAAUCUGUCCGAUUUUUAAGCUUUUAUAUUCAUUAUCAAGAAGCAAAUAUUGAACAACCAGAUGUGGGGAAAAAUCUCUGAAAAAACGCUGCAUUUCACAACAGCAUUCUGACAUUCGUGGCACACUGUAAUUAUUUAUAAUUUUUUUGUCUAACUGAUGCCAAAUUCCAUUUCAUAAUUUUUAAACUAUGUUUCAAGUUAGGGCCUAAUUUGAAAUAAAGAUUAAAAGAUGCCAUUUCAUUGAGAAACUGAUGCAUGCUCUGCUGCAUUAUAUGUGUCAAAAAAUAGCGUUGUACAUGAACAAUGGGAAUGUGUGUAAAUGAAAUCAACAAUGGCAUUUUAAACAUGUUUGAAGUUCUGUGGUGAGUUGAAGAGAAGUGGAAAUCGAGUGUGUUACUGAUUUUAAGCUGAUAAGAAUGAUGCGAGAUCAUUAAACUUGCCCUUAUAUAAUAGAAUGUACUGAUGAACAAUUAUUUAUUCUUAAUAAAAUGCGAUGUUAUUCACAUGA